AUGGCCGAUCGCUUCCCUUCCUUGGAGGACUUCUCUGAGGGCCAGACUGAGGUUCAGGAGGGCCAGGGUGCCGACCACGAUGAUUUCCUGGCCCGUGAGCGUGCUGCGCUCGGUGAAGACGCCGAACAAUUCGCGACCGCUCAAGACCACGUCGCCGGCGACGCGAAUGUAGAUACCGGGGAUGACCUGCUGGGCGGACAAGAUGCCGGACCGACAGAGGAGAUGGGCCAGUUUGAAUCUUCAUUCCCGUCAAUGGAGACACAGGCGCAGAAUGAGCGAGUGGCCCCUGGUGGUACUAUCACUGGAUCUGGGUCGCCUUUCCCUCCCUCCGGCUACCAAAACGUGCAGGAGCCCGAAGAAGAGACCCAGCCCAUCAGAGAAUGGCGUGAGAAGCGCGACUCCGAAAUCGCCCGCCGCGCAGAGGUCUCGAACGAGAAGAAAGAAUCCACCACCAAGAAGGCCCACGAGGACAUCGACGACUUCUACGUUUCCUACAACAACAAGGCCGACAAGGCGCGCGCGCAGACCCGCUCCGAGGCCGAGCAGUUCAUGGCCAACCGCGAGGAUACCUCUGCCGGUGGUACCAGCUGGGAGCGCAUCGCCAAGCUGGUGGAUGUGUCGGGCAAGGGCUCCACGGGUGGUGGCAGUGGUUCUGGCAAGGAGCGAUUCCGUGAAUUGUUGAUCAGUCUCCGGAAAGAUGAGAGUGCUCCCGGUGCCACUGGAAUUUAG